AUGGGGAAUCAAAAUGAACCGAAGUUGAAGUCAAUUUUCCUUCCUUUUCUCUCAACAAGUCACAUCAUCCCAUUAGUAGACAUGGCAAGACUCUUUGCUCUUCAUGGUGUCGACGUAACCAUUAUCUCCACAAAACACAACUCCACCAUUUUCCAAAACUCCAUCGACCUCGAUUCAUCUCGUGGUAGAUCCAUUAGAACCCACAUCAUCGAAUUCCCAGCUGCCAAAGUUGGUCUACCAGUAGGAAUAGAAUCUUUCAGCGUCAAUACACCAAAAGAAAUGACCCCAAAAGUCUACAUGGGUCUUUUCCUUCUCCAACCCGAAAUCGAAAGCCUCUUUGAAACACUUGAACCAGAUUUCAUUGUCACUGACAUGUUCUUUCCUUGGACAGCAGAUGUUGCUAACAAACUCGGGUUUCCUAGGAUUAUGUUUCAUGGCGCCAGUUAUCUAGCUCGCUCUGCGGCUCAUUCUGUGGAACUGUUUGCACCCCAUUUGAAAACUGAGUCUGAUACUGAGAAGUUCGUUUUACCGGAGUUACCUGAUGAGUUGGAGAUGACACGUUUGCAGAUACCGGAUUGGCUUCGAUCUCCGAAUCAAUAUACUGAUUUGAUGAAAGUAAUUAAGGAAUCAGAGAGGACGAGCUUUGGUUCUGUUUUUAAUAGUUUCUAUGAACUUGAAAGUGAAUAUUAUGAUCAUUAUAAAAAGGUUAUGGGAACUAAAAGUUGGGGACUUGGACCUGUUUCUUUGUGGGUUAAUCAAGAUGAUUCAGAUAAAGCUGCAAGAGGGUAUUCAAAAGAACAAGAGCGUGAGAAGAAAGAAGAACAAGAAGGGUGGUUGAAAUGGUUGAAUUCAAAAACAGAGUGUUCUGUUUUGUAUGUGAGUUUUGGGAGUAUGAACAAGUUUCCUUAUUCACAACUAGUUGAAAUUGCACAUGCGCUUGAAGAUUCGGGCCAUGAUUUCAUUUGGGUUGUUAGAAAAAACGAAGGAAAUGAAGAAGGUGAUGUUUUUCUUGAAGAGUUUGAGAAAAAGGUUAAGGAAAGUGGUAAAGGAUAUUUGAUUUGGGGUUGGGCACCACAGCUAUUGAUACUUGAGAAUCCUGCAAUUGGAGGGUUGGUGAGUCAUUGUGGUUGGAACACAGUUGUUGAAAGUGUGAAUGUUGGGUUACCAACAGUGACAUGGCCUUUGUUUGCAGAACAUUUUUUCAAUGAAAAGCUUGUGGUUGAUGUGUUGAAGAUUGGUGUUCCUGUUGGAGCUAAAGAAUGGAGGAAUUGGAAUGAGUUUGGGAGUGAGGUUGUGAAAAGGGAAGAGAUUGGGAAUGCUAUUAGGUUGAUGAUGGAUGGUGGUGAAGAAGAAGUUGCUAUGAGGAAAAGAGUUAAGGAGUUGAGUGUUGAAGCAAAGAGAGCUGUUCAAGUUGGUGGUUCUUCUUAUAAUAAUAUGGUGGAAUUGAUUAAGGAGCUUAAGGAAAUUAAACUUGCUAGGGUCUAG